CGACUCGCUGCUGGCGAUGACUGUAUGGUUUGUGGUUGUGUUUAGGUCUGGCGGUGGUGUUGACAGUACCACACUGCGAAUGAAAUGGGAAUGCUGAAGAAAUGGCUUUAAAACGAAUAUUUCCCACUUUACUGGCCCUGCUUGGGUUAGUAGUAAUCAGCGACGCCCUGCGCUGCAACUGCACCAACUGUGAGAAGUCUGGUUUUGAGUGCGAGACGGACGGCGCGUGCAUGGCCUCCACCUCCUUCAUCCAGGGCCGAGAACAGCACAUCCGGAUCUGCAUCACCAGUGACCACCUGGUGCCCCCGGGCCAGCCCUUCUACUGUCGGAGUGCCGAGGGCCUGCUCAACACACACUGCUGCUACACAGACUACUGCAACAGUGUGGACCUCAAGGUCCCCUCGCCAAAGCCAGGGGACCCGGGCUGGGUCGGCUCGGGGGGGCCCUGGGGGCCGGUGGAGCUGGUGGCUGUGAUCGCUGGGCCCGUCUUCCUGCUGUGCAUGCUGCUGAUGGUCGGGGUGUUCCUGUUCCAGCACCAUCAGAGAGCUUACAGCCACAGGCAGAGGUUGGAGGUGGAGGACCCCUCCUGUGAACACCUCUACCUGGCUAAGGACAAGACUCUGCAGGAUCUCCUUUAUGACAUGUCCACAUCGGGGUCUGGCUCUGGCCUGCCCCUGUUUGUGCAGCGUACGGUAGCCAGGACCAUUGUCCUACAGGAGAUCAUCGGUAAAGGGCGUUUUGGGGAGGUGUGGCGGGGGAAGUGGCGUGGUGGCGACGUGGCGGUGAAGAUCUUCUCGUCCCGGGAGGAGCGCUCCUGGUUCAGAGAGGCGGAGAUAUACCAGACCAUCAUGCUACGCCAUGAGAACAUCCUGGGGUUCAUCGCCGCCGACAACAAAGAUAACGGGACGUGGACCCAGCUGUGGCUCGUGUCAGACUACCACGAGCACGGCUCUCUGUUUGACUACCUGAACCACUACUCCGUGACCAUCGAGGGCAUGAUCAAACUGGCCUUGUCUGCUGCCAGCGGCUUGGCACAUCUACACAUGGAGAUUCUGGGCACCCAGGGUAAGCCCGGCAUCGCCCACCGGGACCUGAAGUCCAAGAACAUUCUGGUGAAGAAGAACGGAAUGUGUGCCAUUGCUGACCUAGGUCUGGCCGUACGACACGAGUCAAUCACUGACACUAUAGACAUCGCUCCUAACCAGCGUGUUGGCACCAAGAGGUACAUGGCUCCUGAGGUCCUGGAUGAGACCAUUAACAUGAAACACUUUGACUCGUUCAAGUGUGCGGAUAUCUACGCCCUGGGGCUGGUUUACUGGGAAAUAGCACGGCGCGCCAACACUGGAGGUAUCCACGAGGAGUACCAGCUGCCCUACUUCGACCUGGUGCCCUCUGACCCCUCCAUAGAGGAGAUGAGGAAGGUGGUGUGCGAUCAGAGGCUGAGGCCGAACGUUCCCAACUGGUGGCAGAGCUAUGAGUCUCUGCGUGUGAUGGGUAAGAUCAUGAGGGAGUGCUGGUACUCUAACGGAGCAGCCCGUCUCACUGCCCUGCGCAUCAAGAAGACCCUGUCUCAGCUCAGUGUGGAGGAGGACAUCAAGAUGUGAGAGCGGAGGGCCGGACGGCCAGGUGGCACCCUGUUCCCAUUCGUGCCUCACUCCAGACCGGGGCCUGAGGAGAUCUCGUCACAGUAGGGCACUUUGUAGGGAAUAUGGUGCCAUUUGGGACCCGGGCAGAGGACUGACGCAUCAUGGAAAUUGGAAAAGAACACGGAAAGGACUGAGACCCGAUCUUGACAGUUUUAAAGCCUCACGCCAAGUGGUGACAAGGCCUACCUCACCUUUUUAGCCAAAACUACUGAGAAUCUCCUCUUCAGCCCUCUUCUCAUCCUGCUUCCCUCACCUCAACCUUCCCUCACCAUGUAAGGCCAACCGACUGUCCUGCCUCCCUCACUGUGUAAGGCCAACCGACUGUCCUUCCUUCACCUCCCCCCUCCAUGGGCCACCACACUACUUAGCUACCACUGUUAAUACUAUAAUUUUAUCACUUCCAAAAGCCCUGGUCUCUUUUGGUAGGCAGAAAUUAUUACUACUGUACAGUGACAGAAAUCUUGCUUUAAAUAUUUUUUACAUCUUUUAUGAUAAAAUAACAUUGAUACAAAUCCCACAAUGGACUAGCAAUGUCUUGAGAUCUCAUUCACAACGUGGUUUCAUAUCCACAUUUUUAAGUUAAAGAAUGUUUUAUGAGUCUGAUUUAUUUGUUUUCAUGGCAACAUAUUGCUUUUUUUUAAUUUUUUUUAUUGCUUUUGGGAGAAUGUGGGAAAGUAGCAGAAGUCCCCAGCCUAACUGUCUGUACUGGAUGUACUAUCUGUACUGGAUGAAACCAGCUAUAAACCAGCACAGUCACUUCAAUAUACCGUCACUUUGUUCCAAUCAGAGUAGACUACAGCCAUUCUUACAGCAUUCAGGAGCCUGGAAUAGCUUGUAGUUUAUUGGACAACAUUUCAUAGGUCUAGUCAUUUUAAUAGACUUUCUGUCAAGCAUUAAAACAGACGCAGUGUACAUUCUGCGGCUUAAAUACCCAACCAAAACAUGUUGCACUCAGUGUAGCUCACUCACCUUUUUAGAUUUGGUCCAGUUUGUUGUGAAAUGUGGCAGGGAUGUUGUAUUUUAGUUUUUUCGGGGGUGGGGGGAGGGGGGUUGUUAUUUAUUUGUUAAUAGUUUUAUGAUUUCAUAUUUUGAUGAAUACAUUGUGAGAUUGGAUGUGAUCAGAAAGCCAACGUUUCAGACGGAUGUCGAGUGGUCAAACUUUAGCGGCUUGUCUGUCCCAACAAUCUCCAGCCUCUAACCACCGACACACUCCUAUGACUUCUAACUAAAAUAGUAACCCUGAUUUCACCUGUGGGUAGUCCAAUACACUGAGAUACUCAGAAGAGGUAUAAACAAUGACCAUUGACAGUUUGACUCUAGUCACUUCUGAUGAUGGAUACAUUAGAUUUUGUAAAUACAACAUGGGCAUCUGUCUUCAUCUGUGGUGUGGUCAUUUUCCCGUGACACAUCUUCGACGGUACUUAAAGCUCGUUUCUCUGAGAUGUAGAACUCCGAGGAGAGCUUGUUGUCGCAGAGCUCAGAAAACCAAAUCUGUUUUAUGUCCUUUUCUUGGAUUGUAGCUAGCGAUCUUCCUAUUGACACUGGAAUAGUUGAUGAUAUUGUGAUGUAACUAUGAGCUCAUAGAGUAUCUCACCAUUUGCAUAUUUAUUUUCAGAAAACGAUGGAACGAGGCACAAAGAAUGGACUUGGAUGUGCGUAAUGUAUUGGUUGUUAACACUUGAACUGGGCUUUUUAAACAGGAUGAAACGUGUUAUGAUGGUCCCUUUUUCUGCAUGUCUCAACACUGGGACCUCAGUUUUUACUGAGGUUAAGAGAUUUGAAAAGAAUACAAAUGUAUUUCCCUUUGUGCAUUCUUUUGUGCAGUGCUUUUUUUUUGUUUUUGCGGGAAUGUAUUCCCAGCACAUGUAUGUUGCUGCUACUGUAACAUGUGAAAAGGAUUUGACAAGUGCAGCAUUUUGGUUGUCAUAAGAACCAAAUGUCAAAUUCCCAUCCAUGUUUCAGUUUGUUGCCAUUAUAUAUAUUUUUUUCUUAUACCAUCAAAUGUCCUGUUCAUACUGUAUUACACCUUCAAUAUUUCAGAUCAUGUUAAACCAAUCUUUUCAGGACUAGUUAAAUGUACAUAUGUUAGGUGAUAUACUGUAAUAAAUACACGUUUUUCUUAA